CAACAAGUCCGCCAACGACCCCGAUGGCAUCAUGGUCGACGACCCGACUGCUCUUCAGGUCAGGGCCGACGAUAAGGAAGCCGGACAUGCCCCCGUCGAUGAAAUAUCCGCCGACAAAGAAGAGCCCAAGCCGGACGAGAAUGCCCAGGCUGGUGUUCAGAAAAUUGAAGCCGUGACUCGGACCUGGGGGAGGACGUCGGUGGACAUCACCUUGGUACUCAUCUGGCUUCUCACUCUGGUCAAUAAUAUGAAGACGUCCAUAGUCUACAGCUUGGCCCCCUAUGCUACCAGCUCUUUCUUGGGCCAUUCGCUUUUGACCGUCAUCGGCAUCGUGGCCAGCGCCAUGACUGCCGCUGUGUACAUUCCCAUGGCUAAGGCACUGGACCUCUGGGGUCGUGCAGAGGGCUUCAUGCUGAUGGUUCUUCUCUGCAUUACCGGCCUGAUUCUCUUGGCUGCGCCCAAAAACAUCGCUACGUAUAGCGCUGGACAGGUAUGCCGUAGCCUUUCCAUCGUCACCGCAAGUACCCCAGCUAACAAUUCAGGUCUUCUACUCCGUUGGAUUUGGAAGUCUCUCCUACAGCUGGGACGUGCUCGCAGCCGAUGCCGGGUUUUGCAUUGCCUAUCUAUUUGA